GAUCCAAAUUACAAAGAAACAAAGUAACGUACGUUAACCAGCAACCCGUUUUGAGACCAACAAAACAAACAGUAAAACGGAUCCUCCAAACCUGGUACUAAAAUGACCCAUUAAGGUUUACCAGUUUGUCAAAAAUCCUCCCCAAAACCCUCAGGUUUAAGAGUCGAACAGACAGCGAGAGAGAAGCGCAAGAAAAGAAAUGUUCCAAAGCAGAGUGGUUGCUUCAAUUCUAAAGAGAAACAAAGCUAUACUCAAUGGCUUAACGUCCAAUCUCAAGGGAACGUCUUCCUCUCGUGUUUUUGUUUCUUCUUCUUCUGCUAAUAAUACAGUUGCAAGGAGUUCCUUUUAUGGCUUCAGAUCUCUGCCUAAGGGCCAUCAUGUGCCAUCCUUCAGGAAUAUGUCCACUGUGGCCUCUGUUGGCUCAGAGAAGGAGGGAUUGAAGCUACUAGUAACUGCAGGCCCACGUGCUCAGAAAAUGGUGGGGAUAUGGCUUUUUGGUUCUGCUGCAUGGGUUUUUACCAUGGUGGUACUAGGUGGUGUCACACGACUGACCCGAUCUGGUCUUUCAAUGACUGAUUGGAAAUUCACUGGGACCCUUCCUCCUCUAUCAGAUGAGGAGUGGCAGCAAGAGUUUGAGAAAUACAAGCAGUCACCUGAAUAUAAGCGAGUAAACAAAGGGAUGAGUAUCGAAGAUUUUAAAUUUAUAUACUGGAUGGAAUAUGCACAUCGAAUGUGGGGGAGAGCCUUAGGUGUCAUGUUUGCAUUGCCAUUCUCGUAUUUUCUUCGUAAGGGAUAUAUUACCCUGCGCCUUGGACUAGGACUCUCUGCUCUUUUUGCUCUUGGUGCUGGCCAGGGUCUAAUUGGUUGGUGGAUGGUCAAAAGUGGUUUAGAGGAGCCUGCUUCUGAAUAUGUUCAGCCCCGAGUGAGCCCUUACCGACUUGCUGCUCAUCUUACUUCAGCAUUUGUUAUUUACAGUGGCCUGUUCUGGACCGCUCUUUCUGUUGUAAUGCCUGAACCUCCUGCUGAAUCAUUAGCUUGGGUUCAAGGAGCUGCCAAAGUCAAGAGGCUUGCUAUUCCAGUGGGCCUCAUUGUAGGCAUUACUGCUGUCUCAGGAGCAUUUGUUGCAGGAAAUGAUGCUGGACGGGCAUACAAUACUUUUCCAAAGAUGGGAGAUGCAUGGAUUCCCGAUAAUAUAUUUGAGUUGAAGCCAUUAAUCCGUAACUUCUUUGAGAAUACAUCGACAGUGCAGCUUGACCACCGUAUCCUUGCGACUACUACUUUAAUUUCUAUUUGUGCUUUGUGGUGGUCAACCAGAAAGUUGGACAUCCAUCCGGCUAUUCGAUCUUUGGUUGGAAGCACAUUUGGAAUGGCUGCUCUUCAGGUAACCUUAGGUGUAUCAACACUUCUAUCAUAUGUACCUGUUUCACUUGGCACUGCACAUCAGGCAGGGGCCUUAACCCUUUUGACACUCAUGCUCCUGCUCAAUCACACUGUAAGAAGGCCUUCAAUGUCCCUUCUGAAAACGCUGCCUCAGGUUGCAAAGACAGCUUGAUAGCUAUAGAGUCUGCUGAGGAUAUUAGGUAGAUUCAUUAAACACAACAAUUUGUUUUCGGUACUCAUUGUUCUAUACCAAUCUCCAAUUUUUAAGUUCAGACGUUCAGAGUCCAUUUUGAUUGUCACUGGGAAAGCAAAAUAUGCUUUCCUGCAAGGCAUCUAUUUGCAAAGACCUCAACAAGAAAAAUGCAACCAAACUGUAAUGUGUGCUUGAUUACUAGCACUGAUUUAAGUUUCUUGAAAAUCGUGGGAAUUGUUAUAUUGUCUCAUUGGGUGAAAAUUAGAACUUUGUGGCAAAAUAUGGUAAAAAAAAGAAGGUUAUUUUGGAUCGAACCGGCCAAUUUUAUAUCGAUUCGAUUAUUAUAGGAUAUUAAAAAUAGGUCAAUCAGUUCAGUUAUUUGAUAAAAAAAAAUCAAUUGAAUCAGUUUUCGGUUUUUUAAACUGAGUCAAUUGAUUGCACACUACUAUGCAUUUGGAAAAUGUUGUAAUAUGUUGUAAGGUUAUUAAUUUCUUAUUUUA